CGUAGGCUCCGUCUUCAGACGAUUUAUUUGAUAUCCUACAGAAAUAAACAAACGGAGCCUCUACUUACCUCAAUAAACAUGGAUCCUGAUUUAAACCAGAAACAUGUGAACACGAGCUCAUCUGACGUUAGCUUCCAGAGCUAGCGGAGUUAGCUUUGCAUGCUAACUGGGCCUUUUGUGUGCAGAAACAGUUUGUGUCUUUGUCUGAAAAUGUCUAAAGUUCAAAUUCUGAGAGCGUUACUGAAGCAGCGACUACCUGCAGGUGAUGAAGAGAUAUUUGAGCUGUUUGAAAGAACCACAGCAGAAUACGAGGAGGAACUUUGUGGUUUAAAAGAGGAGAACGAACGACAAAGAAAACUACUGGAAGCUGCUUUUAACUCUGACGACGAAACAGAUGUGCAGCCACUGUUGGUAAAACAAACAGAGGUUUCCCCUGAGCAAGAAGCAUGGAUGCCUAAUCUGGAACAAGAAGAUCCAGAACUCAAUCACAUUAAAAAGGAAGAGGAGGAGGUGUGGACCUGUGAUGAACGAGAGCACCUUCAAGUGCUGGAGGUUAAUUCCUCCAAGUACACAAAUGAUGAUGUGAAACCUGAGUUCUCACAUUGUCAUCAGCCCCAAAGUGAAGAGAACAAGGAGGCUGAGCCUUUUGCCAGCAGCUCAGCUGAGCAGAUGAAAACUGCUGAACCUGAAAGUGAUGUCACGGAUGUUGAUUGCAAGGAGACCAAGGAACCUAAAUCAGGUUUAAACUCUCUGAAAGAUGACAUACUCCCCUGUUUGUAAUAACAGGUGUCAUGCUGGUGUGAAGCCCUUUAACCCUGAGUCUGAUCAAAUGUUUGUUCACAAGAGUAAUCUGCUGACACAGCAUGGAAUACAUGCAGGAGAGAAACUGUUCACUGUUCUGAGUGUGGUGAAGCAUUUAACCAAAACACAAUCUGAAAACCCAUAUGACAUUUCAUCAGGAAAGAAAGUAUUUAAAUGUUCUGUGUGUGAGAAAACAUUUAAUCAAAGCAGCAGUCUGAAAAAACAUAUGCUAGUUCAUACAGGAGAAAGACGUUUUUAGCUGUUCAGAGUGUGGAAAAAAUUUAACCAAAAUAGCAAUCUGAAAAGCAUGUGCUAAUUCAUGCAGGAAAGAAAAUAUUUAAGUGUUCUGAGUGUGGAAAAGCAUUUUCCCAGAAGGGUAAUUUGAAGAGACAUAUGCCCAUCCACAUGGAAAUGACACCAUUCAUGUGCUUUGAGUGUGGAAAACAUUCAACCAAGACAGCAGUCUGAAAGGCCACAUGCUAAUUCAUACAGGAGAAAGACCUUUUGCUGUACUGAGUGUGAAAAACAUUUACUAGAACAGCAAUCUAAAAACCCAUAUGCUAAUUCAUACAGGAGAAAGACGUUUUAGCUGUUCUGAGUGUGGAAAAACAUUCAACCAAAGCAGCAAUCUGAAAAAGCAUAUGCUAAUUCAUACCGGAAAGAAAAUAUUUAAGUGUUCUGAGUGUGGAAAAGCAUUUGCCCUAAAGGGCAAUUUGAAAAUGCAUAUGACCAUGCAUCGGGGAAUGACACCAUUUAUGUGUUUUGAGUGUGGAAAAACAUUUCACCAAAACAGCCACCUGAAAAUCCAUAUGCUAAUUCAUACAGGAGAAAGACAUUUUAGCUGUUCUGAGUGUGGAAAAUCAUUUGUCCAGGGCGGUGAUUUAAAGAGGCAUAUGACGAUCCAUAUGGGAAUGGCACCAUUAUGUGUUUCGAGUGUGGAAAAACAUUUACCAAAACUGCAAUCUGAAAAACCACAUGCUAAUUCAUGCAGGAAAAAAAACAUGUAAGUGUGUCAAAGGAUCUGGAAAGCAAACAAUGGUGAUAUUCCAUCCAGGCCUCAGUGUAGCAGUGCUGGACUUUAAAAAGCAGGAAUUACCAGGAAUCUAAU